CCGAACGCACAAGCCUAGCGGUUCGGUGCUUCACCACGCUAUCGUGACGGGCCGUGUCUGAGCGCACAAGGCUACAGAAGUCGGCGAGCGGUUAGGUGGAGAGAUUCAAUUGAGGACGAGGAACCGCGUGGACAGCUGGUACGGGGAUGUUCCUCACGAAAGGCCCCGCGGGGGGCAACCAAGGUACCGGGGGGAGCGGACAGAACGUCGGGAAUGGACAAGGAUAUGGCAAUGGUGGCGGGUACAUGGGAGGAGGGGGCGGAGGACCGGGGGGUGGAAAUAACGUGUGCUACAAUUGCGGAAAACCCGGGCAUAUCGCCUGGGACUGUUGGGCUCGAAGAGGAAGGAAUAACGGGACACAGAACGAGGAUUCUGAAAUAGAGGAGAUGAAGGAACACUUUCGCCAAGUCACGAAAGAAUGACAAGAGCUAGAGGAGAGACGAAGAUUAGAGGAGGAUAAGAAAAGGAGGGAGGAGGAAAAACUUAGGAGAACGCAAGAUUUCGCUCGGAAAGCGGAGGAGUUCAAGUUGCAGCUAUGAGCAGAGAUGAUAGAAGAAUGGAGGAAGAAUAACGCGGAAGCGGAGAGGGCGUGGUCGACUAUCAAGGGAUCCGGGAAGAAGACGAAGAAGAAGAAGACAACUAUUAGGAGGAAGAGGUCCGCGAAGAAUAGGAAAGACGAGCGAGGCAAGAAGAGGAAGGAGACCUCGAGCGAAGAGACGGAUACCGAGAGCCUUUCGGAAGAUGAGACUACCGACACCACGACCUCGGACUCCGAUGACAGCGCAAGGGUCGCACGACACAACUCCACGGGUAGGAAGCCAACCAAGAAGUACAAGAGGAAGGCGUGGAGACUGAAGGGAAAGGGGAAGACGCACACAGAGGUGACGAUGCCGAGGAAGUGCGACAAAGGUGAGAGUUCGAGACAAAGGAAGGAGGGAUGCAAAGGCGGACUUGAACACGAGGAGCAAGAUGGGGACCGUGAGACCGAACCGGUGACUCCCUUGAUGGGAGGGCACAAGGGUCUAACGGCAGGAUGCUCCCAGAAGGGACUGAUCGAGUAUUGCAUCUCGGCGCACAAGAUUUACUCUGCCAAGAAAGCGGAUGUGUUGAAGAAACUAUGUGAAAAGAAGGGGAUCAAAUAUACAAAGAAGCCUGAAGCGGUCGAGCUACUGGCCAGAUACCAAAUGAAACUCGCGUAUGAUAGCUUCGAAGAGGAACGGUGCAUGGAGAACAAAAGGGCCGGCGACAAGACCAAGGCAUCCGGGUCACCACGGAAGGAGUUUACGAAGACAACGAAGAAACCGGCUACGAAGCAGGUUCCGGUCAUCAUACGUUCGGCACCAGUUCAACCGGCGAAGGACUCCGAAUGACGUUUAGCGACACCGACCAACGCCGAGCUAUGGGACACACUGUCUUUGGCUACAGAGGAGGGUAACACUACGGGAAUGGAACGUGACUGGAGAGGUAAGUCGGAGGAUCGAGUGCGCGAUCACGACCACCACACUGAUGCUUACGAUGCAGGGUCAAAUACCAUGGUUGAGCAAGUAUCUCACGAAGAUGCAGGACGUGGGUAACCUGCUUAACUUAGAAACCGACGGAGUGGUAUAUGCAGUAGUUAGCCCCUGGACUAAGAAAACUUACGUAGGUUGCACCAUUAGACUGAUGAUUCAGCGUUGGAGGGAACACUGUAGGAAUGCGUUAUGUAAUUCCCUGGGUUUAGCACCGCACUUAUACCGAUGGCUUAGAAAG